UUUAAAUAGGUUUAAUAUAAAAUUAGUUUGGUUGUGCUUUAAAAUAAUAUGCUAUUUGAUGAUUACUUUCCUCAUUAAUUAAAACAAAAAAAAUGUUUUUCUUUCAUAUUACAGUACAGUGCAGUUUAUUGUGCGCAACAAAGCUACGGAGUUUUAUCACUGUUACACCAUAGUACGCUCUUUAAAUGGUCCGUGCUGAAACAUCUUCCACCAAUAAAAGAGUUCCGCUCCAGACAUCAGAAUGUUGUGGCUCAGACAUGAAAGCUGCGAUAAGCUUAUUGGGAGGUUUCUUGGCACCGGAUCUGGAAUCAGAAACAAAAUGAUCAAAAAUUGGGGCGUCAUCGGGGGGAUCGCAGCUGCUGUUGCAGCUGGAGCAUACGUCCUGUGGGGCCCGAUUACAGAGAGAAAGAAGAGGAAGAAAGGGAUGGCUCCAGGUCUGUUGAAUCUGGGAAACACCUGCUUUCUGAACGCUCUGCUCCAAGGCCUGGCGGCGUGUCCGUCCUUCAUCAGGUGGCUGGAGAAAUUUUCCGGUUUGCCCACCAUUCAGUCGUGCAAAGACAACCAGCUGUCGACAACGCUGCUGCAGCUACUCAAAGCUCUGAGUAGUGAUGAACCUGGAGAGGAAGAUGUUCUUGACGCUGGGUGCCUCCUGGAUGUACUCAGACUGUAUCGCUGGCACAUCAGUUCUUUUGAAGAGCAGGAUGCUCAUGAGCUUUUUCAUGUCAUCACAUCCUCUCUGGAGGAGGAGCGAGAUCGUCAACUGAAGGUCACACAUUUGUUUGACGUGCAGUCUCUUGAGAGUUUUCCUAAUCCAGAUGAUAAAGCUGUUGCCUGUAUAAGUAGAGCCCCCCUUCACCCGAUACCAGGUCCUUGGAAGUUUCCGCAUCCUUUCCAUGGCCGGUUAACCAGCAACAUGUCAUGCAAGCGCUGUGAAACGCAAAGUCCAGUGCGGUACGACUCCUUUGAGAGCCUUUCUUUGUCCAUCCUCCUACCUCAGUGGGGUCGCCCAAUCUCACUAGAUCAAUGUCUGCAGCACUUUAUUUCCUCUGAAACCAUCAAAGAAGUGGAAUGUGAAAACUGCACAAAGCUUCAACAACAUUCAUCAAUAAACGGGGAAGUUCUAGAAAACCAGAGGACGACAUUUGUUAAACAGCUGAGACUUGGAAAGCUCCCUCAGUGCCUCUGCAUCCACUUACAAAGACUGAUGUGGUCCAAUGAAGGCUCCCCCAUCAAGCGCCAAGAGCACGUUCAGUUCUCAGAGUAUCUGUCAAUGGAUCGUUACAAACACGACAGCUCCACGCCGAGGACGCAGAAGGUCAGAUGUGCUCCUAAAACCAUAAAGGCGGAAAGCUUUGAUGAUUCCAUAGAAAAGCCUACAGCUAAUGGGACUGAACAUCAUAACAACAACAAACCUUUCACAAAUGGAACCUGUUCUUCUAUGUUUCUUCAUUCUGGUGUUAAAAAUCCCUUUGGCCUCACUUACGACUACAGUUCUGCAGAGUACCUUUUCCAGCUGGUGGCUGUUCUGGUUCAUCUUGGUGACAUGCACUCGGGACACUUCGUCACAUAUCGCCGCUGCCCCUCCUCCUCUCGCUGCUCUUCAAACUUCAGCUCCCAGUGGCUUUGGGUGUCAGACGACUCGGUCCGUAAAGCCAGCCUGCAGGAGGUGCUGUCCUCCAACGCUUACAUGCUCUUCUACGAGAGAGUUCAGAGGCCCGGACGAGGCCCGCGGUCGGAGGAAUGACCACAACCUCUGAGAUGGAACGGUUACUGUCAGGAAAAAUAAAAAACUGUCUGCUGGCUCUGAGACUAACAAACGAGAAGGGAAAAAAAAGCCAUCCUGGACUUUUUGGUGGUUUGGAUCGCAGCUUUCUGGGGUUGAUAUGCAGCGUUUCUGAUCACAGCAGGAAGCUCUGAACCUCAAAGAUGAAGAACCUGUGGGAUUUGUGUUGGAUAUCUUGUAUCAUACAAACUACUUUUUGUAGAUCUAACAACUCCUUCAACAGCUUUUGGUUUGAUGCUCCAGUAAGCAAACAAGGACGUGUAUGCUUCAAGGUGACAACCUUGUACUACGUUGUUUUUGUGUGAAAUUGAUACAGUUGUUGGGUGAAGCUCUUUGGCAUCAUGCUGUGGUGUGUCUGACAUUACAUAUGGAUUCAAUUUGUUUCAGAUUUUGAUUUCAUUUUGGUCUUUGCCUGUAAAUUUUAAACUCAAAAGCUGCUAAUUAAGACGCGGAUGCACCUUUACUCAAGACUUCCACUGUCGUCUUAUCAUUCCAGGAAGUGAAUGUAAACUAUAUUUUAAGAAAAAGAUUGAGUGACAGCUUCAAAGUGCCAUGUUGUUUUCAAUGGUUGACAUUUUUAACCCCUCUCUUUUUUAAAAAAAGAAAAAGUAGUUUAUUCUAGCUUUUCGGAAAGUUUUAAAAUUAUGCAUAAAAUCACUUCAAAUAUAAUACAGCAUUUUCCUACAUACUUUUUUUAAUUCUGGAACAAUAACUGCUAAAACAACAAUCAAGAACGUCCCAGUCAGGUGUUUGCACAUGUAUUUUUAUGUAAUGUUUCAUGUAUUUGCGUGGUUUUUGAAGAUUAUUUUCAGGAAUAAAGAAAUAACACUG